AUGUAUCGAAUGGUACAAGUUCAACCUUCUGAUAGGCAUUUGCAGCGAAUUCUCUGGAGAGAUUCUUCCGAAGAUCCAGUGAAGUCAUUUGAGCUCACAACCGUUACCUACGGCACUGCAUCUGCGCCGUAUCUCGCGACAAAAUGUCUCUCAACGCUAGGGAAAGGUUGCCAAUCGACGCACCUUCUAGCUGCCAAGGUAAUUCAAAAGGACUUCUAUGUCGACGAUAUGCUGUCCGGAGCAGACAGUAUCGAAGAAGCUAAUCGACUCAUGUCAGAGGUAAUUGAGAUUACCAAUUCAGCUGGUUUUAUCCUUAGAAAGUGGAAUUCUAAUUGCACACAGCUACUUACUAAGCUUCCUAAACAUCUAAGAGAUGAUCGAGCCACCCUGGAGCUGGACUCCUCUAGCUCUACCGUGAAGACUUUGGGACUCCGUUGGGAUACCAAUUUGGACAGUUUCUAUUUCUGCUUUCCACAAUGGCGGUCGAAUGCAUCAGCCAUCACAAAGCGAAGCAUCCACUCAGACGCAGCAUGCUUAUUUGACCCGCUAGGCUUGGUGGGACCGGUAGUAGUACAGGCGAAAAUAAUCAUUCAACAGUUGUGGCAGUUGAAAUGCGGUUGGGAUGAACCAUUGGAUGAAACAUUGCAAACAAUUUGGAAGGAGUAUAAACAAAAUUUAAUGGCCCUUGAGUCGCUGUCAGUUCCUCGUUGGAUCGGCUUUACUAACGAUUGUUCGGAAAUUCAGCUACACGGGUUUUGCGAUGCUUCAGAGGUGGCCUACGGAGCAUGUCUAUAUCUGCGUUGUACCGCAUCGGAUGGGACUGUGUCAGUACGUCUCAUCACGUCGAAGUCGAGAAUAGCACCGCUAGAGAAUCUGAAAGCCAAGAAGAAGAAGGUAACAAUUCCUCGGUUAGAACUAUCAUCCGCCUUGCUGCUUAGUCAUCUGUACGAGAAGUUUUCCUCUAACGUUACGAUCAAAUCAACAUUCUUUUGGACCGAUUCCAUGAUCGUCAAACACUGGCUGGCAUCGCAACCGUCAAGAUGGCAAGUUUUUGUCGCUAAUCGUGUGUCGGAGAUACAACACAUCACCAAAGGUGGCGCUUGGAACCACGUCCCCGGCAUUGAGAACCCGGCAGAUUUGAUUUCCAGGGGAAUGUCUCCAGCUGAAUUACAAUAUCAACCUCUUUGGUUCCAAGGUCCACGAUGGUUGGCUCAGAAUCAAGAAUAUUGGCCGCGACCAGAAGAAGCCAUUCCAGAAUCGUUCGAACCAUCUCUCCUGGAAGAACGACCAUCGCCAGCUUUCCCCGCUCAAGCUACUCCACCUAGCGAAAUUUUUGGACUUAGAUCGACAUACUCAGAACUCAUCAGACUGGUCGCACUACUCAUACGUUUCAAGCAUAAUUCGCAACCUAGCAACAGACAAUCUAGAAGAGAUGGACGCAUUACACACGUGGAAUUAGAACAAGCAACACUUCUACUAGUCCACUUAUCUCAGUAA